AUGUGGCUUAUUUCUCUUUUAAUGUACUUUUAUUUACAAACUAAACAUGCAAAGUUUAAAGAAAAACAACUAUUAAAAGCUGGCGAUACGUAUUUUAAAGAAGGAGCAGUUGAUUUAAUAAACCCAGAGUUAACCAUAGACGAGCAGGCAGAACUUCUUCCUUACGAUAUUAGAUGGGAGUUUCCUAUUGAGAAGUUAAGAUUAGAUAAGCAAUUAGGAAGCGGGGCUUUUGGAGUUGUGUAUAAAGCAGAGGCCUAUAGGAUUCUUCCUCAUGAGUCUAUUACAACUGUGGCUGUAAAAACAGUUCGCAAAAAUGCAGGUUUGAUGUAUAUUAGUGCGCUGGCAAAGGAGCUUAAAAUAAUGGUUUAUUUAGGACAACACUUAAAUGUUAUAAAUCUUCUGGGCGCUUGCACCAAAAAUAUAGCCAAACGAAAAAAUUUAAAAAGAACAAGACCUGAGAUCUAUGAAAAUUUAACUAUGGCCUUGUCUGACAGCAGUCCAAACGAUAAGCACACCAUUCACUAUUCAGAAACUUCGAAAUUCAGCGGCCCGAUUGAAUCCAGUGAUGAUUUGAUGAAUGAAGACUCUGAGCCAGGUUGGCGUUCUAAUUAUGAUGGUGAUUACACAGAAGAAGAUUUUUCGUUUCUCUGCACUGAGGAUCUUUUGUUAUGGGCUUACCAGGUGGCAAACGGCAUGAAGUUUCUUUCAGAAAGAAAGGUGCUGCACUGUGACUUGGCUGCAAGAAAUAUACUGUUAGCAGAGAACAACAUUGUUAAGAUCUGCGAUUUUGGUUUAGCCAAGACAUUGUACAAAGACGAAAACCAUAAGAAGCAAUGCGAUGGGAAGUUACCCAUAGGGUGGAUGGCCAUUGAGUCCAUCAGAGACGGAGUCUUUUCCACUAUGUCAGAUGUGUGGUCAUUUGGUGUAGUACUCUGGGAAUUUUUCUCUCUUGUACAAAUACCUUAUUCAGGCGUAGGACAUAAUAUUAUGCUCCAUUGCUGGGAGGAAGAGCCGACAUCCAGACCGUCUUGUACAAUGCUGGUUGAAAUAAUUGGAAAACUUUUACAAAAUAAUACCAAAACCCAUUUUCUAAGAAUUUAUCAUAACUAUGGAAAUUUCGAUAAAGAACGCCAGUUGGAAAAAAAAGAUGACAAUCAAGCAACAGCAUCAUUUUCUGAAGAUAUGAUAAUUCCGCUCUACUGGCACCGCAAUUUAUUGUUGCGUGUAAAACUAACAAAGGUUCAUGCUUAUGUCAUAUAUCUGGAUAUCAAGGCAGAUGAACGAAGCAAUAGUGCCGAAUAUAAGUCAAUGGUAAUGUUAAGACCUCAAGCAGAGUCAACAAUAAAAUGCAUGGCUUGCAAUAGUUAUGGAUGUAACGAUAUAAAAUAUGACAUUCAUAUCACAGGUCAAAAUAUUUCUUUAGUAUGUUCUGCUGUCAUUCGUGAAUUUUACCCAAUAUCAUGGUCAGUUGAUAAAAGAUACGAAAUUGUAGAUUCUGGUCAGUUCUACACUGAAGUUAUGAUAAAAGUUAUUAAAACUUAA